CCCAUUACCUGUUACAGUUUGGCUUGCAGAGACUCAGAACAAUUUAAGUGAAGCGGUCAGUUACCUCCGAAAACUCUUUGAAUUUAUUUCAACGUUUCUUCAUCUUUUAAAAUGGGCGACGAGAGCACCGCGACUUGCAUAGACAUCCUCUUGGCCAUCAUCUUGCCUCCUCUCGGCGUCUUCCUCAAAUACGGCUGCCAGGUUGAGUUCUGGAUCUGUUUGAUCCUCACACUCUUCGGUUACCUUCCUGGAAUUAUCUAUGCCGUUUAUGCCAUUACCAAGUGAUCAUCUCUCAAAUUUCUGUAAAUGGAGGGAUCAGAGAUGAAGGUUGAAGAAGGUGUAGAGGGAUUUAUAAUCGUUUGAUGUAGUGAAAUUUAUGAAUCUUGAAUCAUUACUGUGUGCCAGUGUUGUUGAUUUUCGAUUAAAUUAUUUUGUUGUAUAGUGUGAGUUGUCGCUUUUGUGGUUAAUUAAGUCAGUUGAUUGUCAGUUCUCUACCUUAUUAUAUUGUCCCCUUCUACUAA